UCAACGUCGAAGCCAUCUCCAUCUUGUUCGCAAAACUCUCGCCAAUGGGUCAGACAUGCUCAUGCCUGGAUCACAGGUUCUCUGGCAGCCGGCGCCACUCGGGUCAGCCAGACUACGUGAGUUCCCCUUCGGAACCUCCUCAUGAAUCGCGCGGACUCCUCAAGGACCACAGUGUCGUUGACGUGGAAGACACAGAUGACGACGUCAUUCCAAUUUCGCGUCGGAGCCCAGGAGAAGACAGCGUCGUGAAGCGCCCAAGCCGAGUCGCCGAAACCGCUUCGUACUCAUACACAGCAACGUCGUAUUUUGAAGACGCUUCACCCCAGAGCAGCUACACAGCAAAGACACCGGCGGCACGAUCAUCGACGCCAGUAGUAAUCACGUCCAUCGACGCGUACAUGCCCCUGGCCGCGCCGUCCGCGAACGUUGAAGUCGCAGACGGCGUGGAGUUGGAAUGCGUCAUGUGCCUCGAUACGUUUGAUGCAGGCAACCCACGCAUCCGAACGCUGUGCAACUGCGGCAUGAACCGGACCAACUUUCAUCUGUCGUGUCUGCUGGAGUGGACCAACCGCGACUCGACCUGUCCCGUGUGCCGCGAAAAUUUAUUUUUCGAGGAAAAUAUUGGGCUGGAAUAAUUAAAAUUAAAUUAUUUACGUAUGCCA